UAUCCUCAUCCUUUACACCCUCACAUACUCAAGCGUGACGCGAGUACCGUGAUGAGCACUGGCGAUGGCAACACAGAGGGAGAGGACCACGGCUCCGUAGACGUUCCAGAUGGAGCCAUUCUCACCAGCCUACCAGUUCAGGGCAAUACCAGCAUCGCCGCCUUUUGGACAGCCUCGCCCAACAAUGCCUCUGCGGAGCAAGCCUUUGUCAUGAUUCACGGCAAGUUGCGGGAUGGCAAUGACUACUGGACGACGAUGAACGACGUCUUGCAGAGCGCAGUGUCAGCCAAUUACCCUGGCGCUAGCAACAAUUCCAUUGUCACCGCUCCGGAGUUCUACAGUACCAUCCUCAACUCGGGGCAGUACGAUGACAAUGAAUUGGCAUGGCCCGAUACCAAUGCUUGGCAAGCAGGCGAUCCUGCUAACCACCCCUCUUCUACAAAUCAAACUUCCUUUGAUGCCCUCGAUGCCUUUGUCGCAGAGUUCUCCGAUCAGAGCAAGUACCCUUCGAUGAAGAAUCUGACCUUCGUUGGUCACGGAGGUGGUGGGCAACUCAUUGCGCGGUACGCAAUGGUCGCAAGAGAUGCACCUUGCAAUCUGCACGUCCGCUACAUCAGUGGUGACCCCAGCUCCAACGCCUACUUCACACCGGACAGGCCCGUGAAUUCUUCGGACUCGAGUGCUGUUCAGGAUUGCCCUCUGUACAACACAUGGCGCUAUGGCUACGACAACUUUACCGGCACCUUGGAAGGUCUCUUCACCGCACAAGAGUACUUCACCCGCUACACUCGACGAGACUUCGUCAGCAUUGUGGGUCUGCAGGAUACCGACUAUGAUGGCGAUCAGUACUGCAUGGCCUCGGUGCAAGGUGGUACAGCUCGUCGCGAUCGCAACCUAUGCUGGUGGCAGUACCUCAAUGCCCUAGCUGGCACCGAUGAGGUACUCACCGAUUUCCCUUGCCAGUUCGACAAUUUGCCCGACUGGUCCAACAUCACAAAUGGUGUCAUGGGCCCGCGACUUUCCGUCGUUGCAGAUGCGGAUCACAGCGCCGAGGAGGUGUACGAGAGCGAUGAAGGCAGGAGUGCCCUCUUCUCCUCGGGUGACAUCCUCGUCGGUUGGAGGCCUGAAGGUUGGCAAGCGGCCACGGGCACUUUCACACCCGGCAUUGUAGCCUGUGCCGCCCCGGCCUCUAGCACUAGC